UUAAAGGAACUUGGCAGACCGAACGCAAUUAAUAGAGACUGAAUUAUCCAACGUUUUCCAUGUGGCUAGUUAAAAAGAAGAAUUUGAUAAACACAUUUUUGAAUGAGGUUAUGUUUAUGGUGUGAGGUUCGUGAGGUUAUAAAAACAUUUAAAAGUUAUUUUGCCUUUGCAAUGAAUUAAUAAUUAAUAAAAAUAAAUGAACAAUGGGAAAGCAAACUGUCCGUUACUUUAAAAAAGACGAAUCCAUUGAAAACACUGAAGAAAAAUCACCAAAAAAAGAUGUGCUCACUUUUGAUGUUACAAGAGUAAAGAAAAAGCCAUGGGGAAGACGCGUAGAAGACAGAAAAAUCAGCAAAGACAAGAAGAAGGUUAAACAGAAAUCAAAUCCUAAUCCCAAAUUCAAAGGAAAAGUUAAAGUUCCCGAAGAGUUGAUCGAAAAAUAUAGUAAAGGAGAAGGCGUUGAUUCCAAGGGUAUUAAGACUUCUGUACAUCGAAAAAGGAUAGAAAAAAAGGAAAAGAAUGUUAAAUUUGCUAUAGAACAAGCCGCUAAGACUGAAGUACUUUUAACAGAAUGUUCAGGAUUUCUGGAAGCUGAUUCAGGUGAAACUACAACCCAAUUCACCCAAAAACAAAUUGUACAGAAUGUCGAUAUAUCUGCUGCAGCAAAACAUUUUGAUCUAAGAUUAAAUUUUGGCUCAUAUCGAGCAAAGUACACCAGAAAUGGCAGACAUUUACUUAUCGGUGGUAGAAUGGGUCAUGUAGCAGCUUUUGACUGGGUUACAAAGAAACUACACUGUGAAAUGAAUGUUAUGGAAUCUGUACACGAUAUAUCUUGGUUACACAUUGAAACCAUGUUUGCUGUUGCUCAGAAAAGUUGGGUGUACAUCUAUGACAACCAAGGGAUCGAGUUACAUUGUAUAAAAAGGUUAAAUAAAGUGUCUAGGAUGGAGUUUUUGCCAUAUCAUUUUCUGUUAGCCAGUUGUAGUGAUGAAGGCUAUUUAAGUUGGCUAGAUAUUUCUAUAGGUCAAAUUGUUGGUCAGUACAAUACUCAUUUGGGAAGACUGUCUGUAUUAACACAAAAUCCUUGGAAUGCUACUCUUUGUUUAGGUCAUGCCAAAGGUGUGGUGUCUUUUUGGUCACCAACAGCAAGAGAGCCUUUAGCCAAAAUGCUUUGCCACAAAGCCCCAAUUUUAGGAAUACAUGUUGAUCCUAGUGGAACAUAUAUGGCUACAUCAGCUUCAAACAGAGAAUUAAAAAUUUGGGAUGUAAGAAAGCUUGAUGGUCCUGUACAAGAAUAUAAAUUGAUCCAAGCUGCAAACCAUUUGAAUUUUUCUCAAAAACGAAUGUUAGCCCUAGGAAUGGGGAAUGUUGUAGAAGUAUACAGGGAUUGUUGUGCAACAGCUGCAAAAAGAGCAUAUCUAAGGCACAGAUUCGUGACCCCAAUCAGUAAUUUUAGUUUUUGUCCAUAUGAAGAUGUGUUAGGUGUUGGCACAGCUAGUGGAUUUACUAGUUUACUUGUUCCUGGGUCUGGGGAGCCAAACUUUGAUACUUUGGAAGCAAAUCCCUUCCAAUCAAAGUCUCAGAGGAGGGAAGCUGAAGUCAAAUCUCUUUUAGAGAAGGUACAACCUGAAAUGAUAACUCUAGACCCUACUGCUAUAGCUGAUGUUGAUAUACCUACUCUUAGAGACAAAGUUGAGGCAAAGAAAAACCUUUUGUACCUAAAACCUCCUAGGAUAAACUAUGAACCAAGAAAUAAAGCUAAAGGCAAGGGAGGUACUGUUAAAAUUGCAAGAAACAAGAAAAUCGUACAGGAAGAGGCUAAAAAGGAAUUUGUAAAGAAAAAAAUGGAGUUAAUGCAAGAAGAUGAAACAAUAGAGUCUUCAAAACCACAGAAGCCUGUCCAUGUUUUAGAUAGAUUUUUACCUAAAGUUAAGAAAAAAUAAUAAAUGUAAUUAAUGUACAUAAAGACUUUUUUUAAAUAUACAUUUUCCUUCAUUUGACUACAUAUUUAAUUUUUUAAUGUUCUAUUUAACAAAAUAUGUGCAAAUUUGGAAUACUAUGAACAGUAUAACAGCUUGGUACUGCAUAGACUUCACAAAGGCAUUUGACUUGCCUAAAAUUAUCAUUUUAGCCCUUCAACCUCACUUAUUUCUUUGGCUAAUUGUAUCUAUUGCUGGCUAUACUUUAGCGAGCUAUAUUGUUGUACUUUUAAAUACCUAGUUUCCUUCUGUAAUUGAAUUUUUUAAUAAAAUUAUAUAUUACAUUUAUUUUAGUCAAACAAGGUACAAAAUAAAGCAAUUAUCUCUCAAAAAAAAUUUAUUGUUA